AUGCCCAUCUCCUCGACCACCAACCACGACUUUGACGAGUCGGUCAGCACCGGCAUGGUUAACGCCAGCCAGGUCCACAAGACAGUCGUUCCUGAGUGAGUCCUGUUCGACGGCCUUUUAAGUUCGGGGGCCACGUGACCCCUACAUCGGGCAUUGCUCCGGCUGUGGGGCGCUUGUGCCACGCGAGCACAGGAGGCGCUCGCCGGUACUUGCCUCCUCCCGAGAACAUACCUGGGCCAUGGAUCUUCUUGCUGACUACUUCGAUUAAUGUUGAUCGCAUUACUUCAGUCCUCAAAUGCUGGAAAAGGUUUCUACUAAUCUCGGCGAAACGACCGUUAACGAUGCCGCUGAGACCGCGAUCAAGGAGCGCCAAAUGACCAUGUUCCAGGCCAUCAAGGCGUACCCUUACGCCUGCGCUUGGUCCAUGUUGUUUUCGACCGCGAUCAUCAUGGAAGGCUUCGACUUCACCAUGAUCUUCUCCUUCUACGCUCUCCCCGCCUUCCAAAAGAAGUACGGUGUCCCCAUCGGUGGCGGCAAAUAUGUGAUUACCCCCGCAUGGCAAACCGGUCUCUCGAACGGUGCCCAGGUCGGCUCCAUUCUCGGUCUCAUGGUCAACGGUUGGGCUUGCGAUCGCUUCGGAUACAAGAAAACCAUCUGCACUUCGCUCGUCCUCAUCACCUGCUUCAUCUUCAUCACCUUCUUCUCGGUCAGCCUUCCCAUGCUUCUUGCCGGCGAAAUACUCUGCGGUAUCCCAUGUAAGCCCUUUUGAGUCGACGCGGAUGCUCUUCUCCAAUACUUUGACUGACUCACUUGCGCUUUCUGCCAUGACCGUCUUACAGGGGGUGUUUUCCAGACUUUGACCACUGCCUACGCCGCCGAGGUCUGCCCCGCCCCGCUCCGUCCUUACCUCACGACCUACGUCAAUCUCUGCUGGGUCAUAGGGCAGUUUAUCUCCUCCGGCGUCUUGAAGGGCGUUUCAGGCAUGAACGAGGACAACCAAUGGGCUUACCGCAUCCCCUUCGCUUUGCAAUGGGUGAGUGGCGCGCCUGCCUCGACAGAGCUUUUCAACUUUCGGUCCUGAUCCGCCUCUUCAUUUCAGAUCUGGCCCCUGCCUAUCCUCGCCGGUGCCAUUUUCGCUCCCGAGUCGCCGUGGUGGUUGGUUCGCCAAGGUCGCCUCGCCGACGCCGCCAGCUCGUUGACCCGUCUCGGUUCGCUCUCUGCUGAGGGCUUUGUCGAUGUCGACGCCAAGAUCAACCAGAUGAUCUUCACCAACGAGAUCGAGAAGGAAGUCGACGCCGGCACGACCUACUUUGACUGCUUCAAGGGCACCAACCUGCGCCGUACUGAGAUUGUCUGCAUGGUCUGGAUGAUCCAAACCCUGGCCGGCUCCGGUUUCAUUGGCUACUCGACAACCUUCUUCGAACGCGCUGGCUUGUCCAACUCGAACUCAUUCUCGCUCUCGCUCGGCAACUACGGUCUUGGUGCCGUUGGCACGAUCUCGUCGUGGUGGACCAUGCAGUGGUUUGGCCGCCGCGACCUCUACAUGUGGGGUCUCUUCGCAAUGGGCAUUGUUCUCUUCGGUGUCGGUGGCUCCGGUUUCGGCAAAUCUUCGGGCGCGUCGUGGGCUUCGGGUGCUCUCAUCGUCAUCUACUCGUUCCUGUACCAAUUCACCGUCGGCCCUGUGUGCUACUGCCUCGUCGCCGAGAUCUCGUCGACGCGUCUUCGUGCCAAGUCGGUCGUGCUCGCCCGCACCUCGUACAACAUCAUUGGCAUCAUCAACAACAUCAUCUUCCCGCGCAUGCUUUCGCCCCUCUCGUGGAACUGGAACGCCAAGGUGAGACCUUUCUCUUUCCCUCUCGUACCGUGAGCUUGGCCCUUCGGUCGAUCGUGUUGCUGACCGUCCUCUUUAUAUUGUGUCACAUCCUUACAGGCCGGUUUCUUCUGGGGUGCUUCGUGCUUCCUGUGCACAAUCUGGUGCUUCUUCCGUCUCCCAGAGCCUAAGGGUCGCGUGAGUUUCCACCCACUGUCUGGAGCCCAGCGUCUCUUCCUCACGUCUUCGCUGCGCUGUACUGAUCGAUACAUUGUAUCUUUGUCCCUUCUCGUAGUCGUAUUUGGAGCUCGACAUCAUGUUUGAAGACCGGAUCAGCGCACGACACUUCAAGACGACUGCUGUGGAUAUACGAGCCCAUGCCCGAUCGGACGAGAAGCACUACGAGCCCAUGGGUGGCGUGCAUUAA